UUUUACUUCCCUCGCGUGUCAUGAACCCCCACACUGACUCUCCUCUACUCCAUUUGCCAUCCCUGAUGGCCGAUUCAUUCACUGACUACAGUUAGACCAAAAGGGCAGAUGUUGGACACGAGAUAGCAGAAAACUAUGCAUGUUUGUACUGACAGUGUUAGCUAGCACGCUGUCGGGCGUGGAUGAUGUUUACAUCGGUCUGCAGUUCACAGGGUCAAUAUUACUCUUGUUUGACACAAGACUUUCACCUCAGCUACUUUAAUGCUCCGAAUUAAACUCGUCGCUGUCGUGCGAGAUAGCUGAGAGAAGGAGAAACCCCCUCUGACGACAAUGGCUCCACACCCAGUGGUCCAAGCUAUCAUUGAUCUCUCUGCAGGAGCCAUUGGGGGAGCUUCAUGUGUAGUCAGCGGACAGCCUCUGGACACUGCAAAGGUCAAGAUGCAGACUUUUCCUACGCUGUACCGGGGGUUCAUCCACUGCAUUGUGUCCACCUACAGACAAGUAGGACUGCGUGGUCUCUACCAGGGCACCACUCCAGCACUGAUGGCCAAUAUCGCCGAGAAUUCUGUUCUGUUCAUGAGCUACGGCUUCUGCCAGCAGGUCAUCCGCUUCACCGCAGGAUUACAAAGUGAAGCUGUGCUGAGUGACGUACAGAAAGCCUGUGCUGGCUCAGUUGCAUCUGUCUUCUCCUCUCUGGUACUCUGCCCCACUGAGCUUGUCAAAUGUCGACUGCAAGCUAUGUAUGAAAUGGAGGCAUCAGGCAAGAUUUCUAAGAGCCAUAACACUGUGUGGUCAGUGACGAAAUCCAUUAUGAGGAACGAGGGACCGCAGGGCUUCUUCCAGGGCCUGACUACCACCAUAGCCAGAGAGGUGCCCGGAUACUUCUGUUUCUUUGGUGCCUACGAACUCUGCCGCACUGCCUUUGCAGACUACAUGAAAUGUGGCAAGGAUGACAUAGGUGUGGCUCCGAUCGUGUUCAGCGGCGGUUUUGGAGGGGCAUGUCUGUGGCUGGUGGUCUAUCCCAUGGACUGCGUCAAAUCUCGGAUCCAGGUCAUGUCAAUGACAGACAAACAGGCAGGGUUUUUCAAAACCUUCAUGACCAUCGCUCGCACUGAAGGUGUGAGGGCGCUCUACUCUGGUCUCACCCCUACUAUGGUUCGCACCUUCCCAGCUAACGGAGCUUUGUUCCUGGGUUACGAGGCCAGCAGGAAGUUCAUGAUGAAGCAGUUUGACAGCUGAACUUGUUCAUAUGCAUGAUCAUAGAGGAGGAAGUGGCGACCUGAAAGCGAUGCGACCAUGUGACGGAUCUGGUUUUUGCUGUUUCCUCAAACUGCUUCAUUCCUCCUUUAAAACUACAGAACAAAACAAUAAUUUUUUCAUAGUGUUUACAUAUGUUUAAACCCUGAUGGUAAUUCUUUUAUUUCUUGUUUUUAUCACUCCAGAAGUGCUAUCCUACCUUCCGUUUCUGAGGGGGAAAACAUGCAUCCAGAAUCUAUAUGAAAAACUGUCAACACUCCUAUUUGUUUUAUAUCUACCUCAACAAACUAGUGUCUCCACAAACAUUUCUUAAUCUACCAGAAGGUAUACAAAUAAGAGGAAACACUCUAUUGGUUAGUGAGGUUAUCUUUAACGCACAAACUAUUUAACCAGAAUUCUAAACUUAUUGUGUGAAGAUUUAAUAGAGAAAGAUUAUGAGGUGCUUAUUAAUAAAUGCUGCCUAAUGUGUUGAUGUUUUUAACUAUGGAAUUAUUUGCAGCUAUGUAGUGUUAUAUCAGUUCUGGAUGAGUAACAAAAUUUGCCUCUUAAUUAUGCUAAAUACCUAUUUUUCACAUUGAGCAGCUAUAAGAGUCUGACUGACUUUCUACAGGUUGUAAAGAAAAUUCAAACACAGCCAGCAAGUGUUUCAAUUUUGAGACAGAUCUUUUUUAAGCUUGUUUUUAUUCUGCCAUGUUAUAUCCCACUCCUGUUCUUAUUCCCUGCUUUUAUGAGACCCACCAUUUUGCCUUUUGAAUCUACAUUUUCUCUUUUGGGUGUAAUCAUUAAUCUGUAUAAACAAAUCAAUAAACAUCAGCUGCCUCAUCAUGUGCCAUUUACACCCUGCAUUCCAUGUGCAGACUUUUAGUAGAUUAUUUUCCAAUGCAUGUUCAUUUUGAAAUCAAAAUAUUUAGUAGCUUUCCAUAAAUUAUUAUCAAGACUUGCAUGUAUUUUGUUCAACAAUUGCAAAUAAAUGGAAACAAUCAA